AUGCAAGUCCCCUUUGUGAACCAAGUCUUUGACAAGGACGACGCCAAGGGCUCAAGCCUCCGUCUGUCGGAGCUCCUGUUCCCCGAUCCAGCGCAUGUUGAGGAGAGACUUGACGUGAAGCCCUUGACGCAGGGAACUACGAAUGGGCUUUUCAAGGUGACGUAUCGGCCCUUUGAUGCCGGUGAUGCGUCUACUCAUGAUGCAGUCCUGGUCAAGGUCUAUGGAGACGGGACGGAUAUCACCAUCGAUCGCAAUAAGGAGCUCAAAGUACAUCAGCUACUUGCAGAGAACAAGCUCUCCUCAUCUCCCCUGGUCCGAUUCGCCAAUGGUCACGCCUACCAGUUCAUCCAUGGGAGAACAUGCUCCGUCUCUGACAUGGCCAACCCGGUCAUCUAUCGCGGAGUCGCGAGAGAACUUGCUCGGUGGCACGCGACACUCCCAAUCGUCGAGCCCAAAGACCCACAGAGCAGUCUUGAGCAUGAGCCCAGCGUUUGGGCAACGGCAAAGAAGUGGCUUGACGCUAUUCCGAGUCAACCGACGCGGUCCAAGGCGGAUAAGACCCUGCUCCGCGAACAGUUUCACUUCUUGACCGGCCAGUUGCUUCUCAAUGACGACAAACUGGAACCUUUGGUGCUCGGACAUGGCGAUCUCUUGUGCGGCAACAUCAUCGUCCAGGAUCUGACCGAAUCCACUGAGGCUGCAUCUGUCCGAUUUAUCGACUAUGAACAUGCCACCUACUUCCCAAGGGCAUUCGAGCUGGCCAACCACUUUGCAGAAUGGACAGGCUUCGAAUGCGACUAUACUCUCCUGCCGACAAGGUCAACCAGGCGAGAUUUCAUCCAUGAAUAUCUCGCCGAAGUCGAUCGGCUGCGGCAAGACCGGGAUCCUGCACAUAUCCCGUCCGUUAGCGAAGCCCAAGUGGAUCAUCUAAUGGCCCAGGUGGACUCUUUUCGAGGAUUCCCCGGCUUCUACUGGGGUCUCUGCGCCCUCAUCCAGGCUGAGACAUCGACCGGGGCUAUCGACUUUGACUAUGCCGGAUAUGCCGAGAAGCGGCUCGCAGAGUAUUGGGACUGGCGCAGGAUGCAUGACGGAAAUGUUGACGCAGAUGAGGGCAUUUCGCUGAGGGAGGAGAGAUGGGCAGCUGCUUGA